AUGAUGAAAACGACAGGAAAUAUCAGCUGGGUAAUUAUUUUCUUCGUAUUGUCGGCGACAUGGAGGGCGUCUUUGUCUGUCACACGUUAUUCUAUACCGGAGGAGAUGGAUCGCGGAUCUGUUGUUGCACAACUAGCCUCAGAUCUAGGACUAGAUGUUAAUGGAUUAGCACAAAGAGAGGUAAAGCUCGACAGUGUUCAUAAGAAAUAUUUAGAAGUAAAUAAAAAGACAGGUGAACUUUAUAUUGUUGAAAAAAUGGAUAGAGAGUCCCUGUGCCAAGCUAAAGCAUCAUGUUUUAUCAAAUUGGAUGUGAUCAUCAAAAACCCUUUACGCAUUUUUAACAUUGAAAUAGAAAUCACAGAUAUCAAUGAUAAUGCUCCACAUUUUAGAAUGGACAGGGUAGAACUGGAUGUCUCCGAGUCUGCAUCACCAGGUGAAAGAUUUUCUUUACCCAAUGCACAAGACCCAGAUGUAGGGGCUAACAAUGUGAAUGCUUACAGAAUUAGCGAAAGUGAUCAUUUUACAAUAGAUAUUCAUUCUGGUAGUGAUGGUACAAAAUAUGUCGACUUGGUUCUUAUGAAAGCAUUAGACCGGGAAGCACAGCCUAUUCAUAAUCUCAUUCUCACUGCUGUAGAUGGCGGUGUCCCUGCGCGCACCGGAACUGCCAAAAUUAUUGUUCGGGUACUAGAUACAAAUGACAACGCCCCUCAGUUUGACCGCUCAGUGUACACUUUAAAAAUGAAUGAGAAUUCACCAAUUGGUACUGUUGUUACUAAAUUAAACGCAACUGAUACUGAUGAAGGCUCAAACGCAGAAAUAACGUAUUCAUUUACGCUUUACACUUCAGAAAAAACGCAAGACGUGUUCAAUUUGAAUUCAAAAACUGGCGAAAUAACAGUUAAAGGCACUAUAGAUUUCGAAGACAUGAAAAUAUUUGAGAUGCAUAUAGAAGCCAAAGAUAACGGCCCUGUUCCUCUCUCCAGUCAGUGUAGAAUAACAGUGGACAUUAUGGAUAUGAACGAUAAUUAUCCGGAGAUAACCAUUAAAUCACUGAAGAACACUGUGAAAGAGGACACUCCUGUCGGCACAGUCAUAGCCCUUGUAGGUGUAAGCGACAGAGACACCGGGGAUAAUGGCAAGGUUAAUCUCACAAUAAACAAAAACAUACCAUUUACUCUAAAUAAAUCAUCUGAUUAUCACUACGAACUACUAGUCUCGGAACCAUUAGAUCGAGAAAUAACUCCAGAAUAUGACAUUACAUUAUUAGUGACAGACAGAGGAAAUCCUCCACUCUCUGACAAUGAAACUAUAACAGUGCACUUACUAGACGUGAAUGAUAACGCACCGCAGUUCCCACAGAGUUUCUAUACGAUAUCUGUUUUGGAAAAUAAUCCUCCCGGGGCUUUGUUGAGCUCUUUAACUGCCCAUGACCCAGAUUCAAAUGAAAAUCAGUAUCUAGUGUAUUUUAUAAUAGAAAGGGAAAUAGCAAACACCUCCAUAUCCAUGCUCUUCUCCAUUAAUCCAGAGAACGGUAACCUUUACGCACUAAAGACAUUUGAUUAUGAGAUAGAGAAGGAAUUUCUUUUUCAUAUCGAGGCCAGAGACUCUGGUGUUCCUCCACUCAGCAGUAACAUGACUGUUCACAUUAUUAUCAUGGACCAGAAUGACAACACGCCCGUUAUAGUGUCUCCAUGGCGCGCACAUGGUUCAGUGGUGGAGGAGAAAAUACCGAGAUCCACCGAUAAAGGAACUCUGAUAGCCAAAGUAAUUGCUAUAGACACAGACUCUGUGCACAACUCCCGCGUGACAUACCAGUUUCUCCAGAACACUGAUGCUACAUUAUUUAGUCUGGACCAAUACAAUGGAGAAAUCCGGACCAUGAGAAUGUUCAGCUACAAAGACUCGCGCUACCAUCGGCUGGUGGUGAUCGCCAAGGAUAACGGAGAUCCCGCUCUCUCUGCUACAGUCACCAUCAAACUGUCCACUGUGGAGACCGCGCUUAAAAGCUAUGCUGACAUGACUGAGGUGCCUUUAGAAUAUGACAUCUUUUCUGAUUUAAAUCUGUAUUUGGUAAUCGGACUGGGCUCGGUGUCAUUCCUGUUACUGAUCACCAUAUUGGUGACCAUCGUGCUGAAGUGUCAGAAACCGAAGCCCAGUAAAGCUGCUCCUCCCUGUAGGAACAGUGUGAUCAGUGAGAGGAACUCGACCAUUGCAGAUUCCACUCUGGUCUCGAACGAUGCCUACUGGUACAGUUUAUUUCUAGCAGAGACCAGGAAAGGAAAGCUGGUGGUUAGACAACCUGUGCCAAAGGGGACAAGGUACAUUGUGUCCAGCAUACCGAGGAGCACAGGACUGACUGAGACUAGUGACUCAGCUGCAUCUACUUUACAGGUAAGGGAGCAAAUUUUGGCAUACACCCACAUGCAUUUGGGGAGGUCUUGA